AUGCAAAAGUAUGAAAAAAUCGAGGAAAUUGGGAGUGGAACGUAUGGGGUUGUUUGGCGAGCAUUAAAUAAAAAGACUGGUGAAGUUGUUGCGGUCAAAAAAUUGUACGAAAAGUAUACAUCAAUGGAAGAAUGCACAAACCUAAUAGAAGUCAAGGCACUUCGCCAGAUGAAUCAUCCGAAUAUCGUAAAGCUCAAAGAAAUCCACAAAGAAAACGACUUCUUGUACUUGGUGUUCGAAUGCAUGGAAUGCAGUCUCUACGAUCGUAUGAAAAAUAUGGCUGCUUUUUCUGAAAGUGAGAUCAGAAACUUGUGCUUUCAACUCUUUCAAGGUCUUGCAUACAUGCAUGGAAAAGGCUACUUUCAUCGCGACCUCAAACCAGAUAACCUUCUUGUUUCCAGUGAUGUGAUAAAGAUUGCUGAUCUUGGUCAAGCUCGCGAGAGCAAUAGGAAACCACCAUACACAGUUGAUAUGUGGGCAAUGGGUGCAAUCAUGGCGGAGUUAUAUACCAAUCAGCGACUGUUUAAAGGUAAUAGUGGCGGAGAAGUAUUUUAUAAGAUCUGCAGUGUGAUCGGAAGUCCAACAGAAAGCAAAUGGAAAUUGGGACUUCAACUUGCGGUUAAUAUGAAUUAUCAGUUUCCAGACCUUCCUGGUGUGCCUCUUGCGUCCCUGUUACCAUCUGCAAGCAGUGAAGCAUUGUGUCUGAUUGCUGCACUUCUUUCUUGGAAUCCAUGCAUGAGGCCCACAGCUAUGGAGGCACUUAAGCAUCCUUUCUUCCACAGCUGCUACCAUGUUCCAUUGCCAAUCCAUCGCAACCAAGACCUACCAUGGAAGAAAGCGUUGUUGACGCAGACAAGAAGUAGGAAAAGCGCACCAAUCGUUUCGGAAAAAGUGAACAAACAAAACCUGAUACGUAUGCUCCAAGAAAAAUUCAUAGUUAAAAGCGAUCGUUAA